GGCAGCCGGGGCCGGCUCCGGGGCUAGCGGGGGAGGCAGCUUCAUAUUUCCUGUUGCAAGUGGAAUAGGACCCCCUCAAGGUCUGAUGCCAAUUCAGCAACAAGGAUUUCCAAUGGUUUCUGUUAUGCAGCCUAAUGUGCAGGGCAUGAUGGGAAUGAAUUACAGUUCUCAAAUGUCUCCAGGACCUAUUGCCAUGCAGGGAGGGAUAACAAUGGGCCCAAUGACAGCAGCAGGAAUGCCUUACAUGGGACAAGCUCCUUUUUUAGGGAUGCGUCCCCCAGGUCCGCAGUAUAACCCUGACAUGCAAAAGCAGUUUGCAGAAGAGCAACAAAAACGAUUUGAACAGCAGCAAAAACUCUUAGAAGAAGAAAGAAAACGACGCCAAUUUGAAGAACAGAAACAAAAACUCAGACUUCUAAGUAGCGUCAAACCCAAGACAGGAGAGAAGAGCAGAGAUGAUGCUUUGGAAGCCAUAAAAGGGAACUUAGAUGGAUUUUCCAGAGAUGCUAAGAUGCACCCCACUCCAGCAUCACACCCCAAGAAACCAGGCCCUUCCCUGGAGGAGAAGUUCCUAAUGUCUUGUGAUUUAAGUACGUCUGGGCAGAUGCAAAUUAAAUUAAAUACUUCUGAAGCUGGGCACAAAACCUCAGGCUCAGCUGCCAAUAAGAGUCAUCCCAGUUUAACAGCCAAUAACGGGGGUGCUAUAGUUGGACAUGUAAAUGGUGCUGCCAUCAUUGCAGAGGCAGAAAAGACUUCAGACCAAAACCUGUCAGUUGAAGAGAGUGGUGUGGGUGUAUUCCCUUCACAAGAUCCAAUCCAGCCUAUGAUACCUUCUUGGAUUUAUAAUGAGAGCUUAGUCCCAGAUGCAUAUAAGAAGAUUUUAGAAACAACUAUGACUCCAACUGGAAUAGAUACCGCUAAACUUUAUCCCAUACUGAUGUCAUCUGGGCUUCCUAGGGAAACCCUUGGACAAAUUUGGGCCUUAGCCAAUCGUACUACCCCUGGAAAACUUACUAAAGAAGAACUCUAUACUGUUCUAGCUAUGAUAGCUCUAACUCAGAGGGGGGUGCCUGCAAUCAGUCCUGACACAUUGAACCAGUUCCCAACUGCUCCUGUCCCAAAUCUGAGUGGCUUUCCUAUGACUCUUACUACCCCAGUGAGUCAACAGACUAUGAUGCCUUCUGGUCCUACAGUCUCUAUGCCUCUUACCAUUGGACAACCAGUCAUGGGUAUUAACCUAGUUGCACCAGUGGGUGGAGCUCCAGCCCAAGGUUCCAGUGGCUUUGUGCCAGCUUACCCAGCAAAUCAGGUAGUAAAACCAGAAGAAGAUGACUUCCAAGAUUUUCAAGAUGCUUCAAAGUCAGGAUCACUUGAUGACUCAUUUACUGAUUUCCAAGAGAUGCCUGCUUCUUCAAAAACAGCUAAUUCCCAACAUGGGAGCAGUGCCCCUUCUUUGAUACCACUUCCAGGAACAAAAGCACCACCUUCAACAGAUAAAUAUUCUGUAUUUAAAGGAAUUGCUGUUGAUAAGACAUCUGAAAAUGCAGCUCCAUUUGGAGAACAUGGAGACAAAUACAGUGCUUUCAGAGAAUUAGAACAGCCAGCAGAAAAUAAGUCCCUAGGAGAUAGCCUUGCAGAAUUCAGAUCUACAGGAACUGAUGAUGGUUUCACAGAUUUUAAAACAGCCGACAGCAUAUCACCACUAGAACCGUCAAUAAAAGACAAAAUGUUUCCAAUACCCUUCCCCUCUUUAACUGUACAACAGAAACAACAAACACAAGCUAAAAAUCAUCUGAACUUGGCAGACUUAGAUAUGUUUUCCUCUGUUGGUGCCCCUGGUGAGAAACCACUUUCUUUUCCAGAUGCAUUUAGCUCAUCAAAAUCAUUGUCCAUGCGGCCACUCCCAACAACUGCUGCUGCAACCACUACAACAUCAGCACCAACUAAAAAUUCUAGCUUAGCUGAUGACUUUGGAGAAUUCAGCCUUUUUGGGGGAUAUUCCAGUUCAGCAUCUGUUGGGGGACAGGAUGACUUUGCAGAUUUUAUGGCUUUCAAUAAUAGCUCCGGCUUGUGUGAGCAUAAGGCAGAUGAUAAAUACGAUAUUCUUAAAGAAGAAGCUAGCACUGUUCCUCUGACUGGCAGCAUAGGCAACACAAUGAGAAAUGGGCAAAACUCUUCAACUGCUGCUCCAACCAAAUAUGAUGUCUUCAAACAGCUUUCUCUGGAGGGCUCUGGAAUAGGUGUUGAGGAGUUGAAAGAUAGUACCCCUCCAGGGAAAAGUGAUGACGACUUUGCUGACUUCCAUUCAAACAAAUUUUCAUCUCUGUGUGGUAAUUCAGAUAAAUCUCUGGUGGAAAAAGUGGUAGCUUUCAGGCAUGCCAAAGAAGACUCUGCUUCAGUGAAGUCUUUGGACCUGCCUUCCAUUGGUGGUAGCAGUGUUGGCAAGGAGGACUCUGAAGAUGCGCUAUCUGUCCAGUUUGACAUGAAACUAGCUGAUGUAGGAGGAGAUCUUAAGCAUGUCAUGUCUGAUAGCUCUUUGGAUUUGCCCACAGUUAGUGGCCAGCAUCCGCCUGCAGCAGAUGUCGACGACUUAAAGUAUGCUACUUUGGGGACUUAUGGUAGCAAUUCUGCAGGGAGUACCCUUGCAAGCUAUGACUGGUCUGACAGGGAUGAUGCUUCUCCUGGCAGAAUGCUGUCUCCGUUUGCCCUCUCAGCAGGAAGUGGUUCCUCCUCAGCUACUUCAAUUCUUCAGAAGAAAGAGACUUCAUUUGGCAGUUCAGAAAACAUUACCAUGACAACAGUUUCCAAAGUGACGACCUUUCCAAGUGAUGAUACUCUCCCCGAGGCUACGUUUUCAGCUUUUGAAAACUUUAAAAAUAGUAUUUCCCAGCCCGUUGAACAAAGAGACAUCAAGAGUGGGGAUUUCAUAAAAACACAGGACCUACCCGCAACCGAACAGAGCCAAGAAACCAUGUAUUCAGUGUCAGUUGCCAGUGUUGUAUCUCAGGAAACUCCAAAAGAAUGCCCUGAUGACUUUGGAGAGUUUCAAAGUGAAAAGCCCAAAAUCAGUAAAUUUGACUUUCUGAUGGCUAAUACACAAAGCAAGAUGAAAUCUAGUGAAGAAAUGAUCAAAAAUGAACUGGCUACUUUUGACCUCUCCGUUCAAGGGUCUCACAAGAGAAGUUUGAGCCUUGGUGAUAAAGAAAUAAGCCGUUCCUCUCCAUCUCCGGCUUCAGAGCAACCUUUCAGAGAUCGUUCCAACACUCUCAGUGAAAAGCCUGCUCUGCCUGUUAUCCGGGAUAAAUACAAAGACCUAACUGGGGAGGUGGAAGAGAGUGAAAGAUAUGCUUAUGAAUGGCAGAGAUGUUUGGGAAGUGCUCUACAUAUCAUUAAGAAGGCAAAUGACACUCUAAAUGGAAUCAGUAGUUCAUCUGUUUGCACAGAAGUAAUUCAGUCAGCACAGGGCAUGGAAUAUUUAUUAGGUGUUGUCGAGGUAUACAGGGUAACCAAACGCGUGGAGCUAGGAAUCAAGGCUACUGCAGUGUGUAGUGAAAAUCUUCAGCAGCUGCUGAAGGACAUUGAUAAGACAUGGAACAACCUGAUAGGGUUCAUGUCACUUGCCACACUCACGCCAGAUGAAAACUCGUUGGAUUUCUCAUCCUGUAUGCUGCGUCCUGGGAUUAAAAAUGCUCAGGAACUUGCCUGUGGGGUAUGCCUACUGAAUGUCGAUUCAAGGAGCCGAAAUGAAGAGAAACCUGCAGAAGAGCAUCCUAAAAAAGCAUUCAAUUCUGACACAGACAGUUUCAAACUGGCAUAUGGAGGACAUCAGUAUCAUGCAAGCUGUGCCAACUUCUGGAUCAACUGUGUAGAGCCCAAACCUCCAGGACUCAUCCUGCCAGAUCUACUCUAAGAAGGCCUUCCAUCAAGCACCAGCUUUUUCUUGCCUUGCCCCAGGUAGUGAGGGGACCAGUAAAUGAGUAAUGCAAACUAAUUUCCAUGAGUCCAUAUAAGGAACUUCCCAAGAGGCACAAAAGGAUGGAUGAUACAAACCAUUACUGGUAUCUCCAACUGUUGAUCCCACUUAGGGUCUGGGAUAAAGUAAUUAACAUUCUAUGAGAGCCACCCCAUGAUGCAAAGCUACUGUUAAGACAAGGGAGAUAAUUACCAUUCUGUAUCUGUCUUACCUUAGCCCUGCCCAGACUGUGUUAGACAUAGACACCACAGGUCUGUAAAUUUCUCAUUCUCUUACAAUGUUUUAAUAUACAGAUGAUCAUUUUUCUCUAAGGAAGUAUUUGCUGCUAUGGUUUCAAAAUUGAAUAACUGACAGAAGAAAUACCAUUAUAGAACUAGAAAUUAUGAAAAUCCUGUCUGCUUAUUUAGAUAUAGAAAUGAUAUUUGUCCUGUGGGAUAAAAAUGCAUUUCUUUGCUUCAAAUUUGUUUAAAAGGAUUAAAAAUGGGGCAGCUAGGUGGCACAGUGUAUAGAACAGUGGCCUUGGAGUCAGGAGGACCCAAGUUCAAAUCCAGU